CGAAAUUUCGAAAUACCGUGUGCAGCUUGCUUCUGCGCUUUUUACCUUGCCUCUUCUGGUUCUCUUCUGCGUGCAGUGUGCACUCCAUCUUUUUCUGGAAAGUGACUACUUGAAAAGAGAACUCCGCCUAAGAUGUCAAUCAUGGAAUACAACGGAUCGGCCGUAGUGGCCAUGGUGGGGCGGGGCUGCGUUGCCAUAGCAGCAGACAGGCGGCUGGGGAUACAGGCACAGACGGUGUCUACAGAUUUUCAGAAAAUCUUUCAAAUGAACGACACACUAUAUGUUGGCUUGCCGGGACUAGCGACAGACAUACUGACUGUGUCCAACCAACUGAGAUUCUACGUAAAUCUCUACCAGCUACGAGAGAACAGGCAGAUUCAGCCCAAUACCUUUAUGCACCUCACUUCCAAUAUCCUGUACUCCAGGAGAUUUGGUCCAUUCUUUGUGGAGCCUGUGGUGGCAGGACUGGACACGAAGACACACCAACCCUACAUUGCCACCAUGGAUCUGAUUGGGUGUCCCAUGGAGACUAAGGAUUUCGUGGUGGGCGGGACUUGUACCGAACAGCUGUAUGGCAUGUGCGAGUCGCUAUGGAGACCAGAUAUGGAGCCAGAUGAUUUGUUUGAGACCAUCUCUCAAGCUAUACUAAAUGCAGUCGAUAGAGAUGCCCUCAGUGGAUGGGGAGCUGUUGUACACGUCAUAGAGAGGGAGAAAGUGACAACCAGAACGCUGAAGGCAAGGAUGGACUAGGAAUUGACUGCAGUGUUACCGUCUCAUUCAUAACCGUACUGCAUAACAUACAUGUAUGUAUGUCUAUAUUAUGUAGCGUGUGUAUGAAUUGAC